AUGCCCAAGCAAAUAACUGAAAUCAAGGAUUUUCUGGUAUUGGCGCGCCGAAAGGACGCAAAGAUUGUGAAGAUCAAAAAAAAUAGUUUCAAUGUGAAGUUCAAGGUUCGCUGCAGCAGAUACCUGUUCACCCUGGUUGUAAAUGAUAAGGAUAAGGCCGAAAAGCUCAAGCAGUCAUUGCCUCCCGGAAUCCAGGUUAUUGAGCUGAAGUAG